AUGGCGUCGAAGAUUAAACGCGACGAGCACGCGGAUGGAAUCUCCGUCGUCGCUUUUGGUCCGGAAGGGACUCUCGCGCACCGUCGAUUAUUCUUCGAUGACGACUUUCAGAUAGUUUCCCCCUGGCACGACGUACCGCACCGCGCCGCGGACGAAGGUUUUAAUUUCCUCUGCCACACGCCGAAAGGCGCGUCCGCGAUAGUCGAAGUCGCGAAAGACGAGGACUACAACCCUAUUCGCCACGUGGCGCGAGACGGCGGCGCGGCGCGCUACACGGCAACUGCCACGUGGAACAUCGGGAUCGCGACGCAGACGUGGCAGGAUCCUAAGGACGAAUGCGAUGUGGGGAACGGCCGGGUGUUGCCAUUCGCCGGCGAGCCCGUACGCGUUAUAGAGAUCGGCGGCACGGUAGCGAAACCGGGACAGCUGUACUCGGUGAGGCCGCUGGGCGCGUUCGCGACGAUUCGCGAAGACGAGGGGACGGUUUCGUGGACGGUUAUCGCGCUUUCGUCGAACGACGCGUGGGAGCAUCUGUUGAAGAAUAUGGCCGACCUGCAGCGAGAGAAGCCGGGCGAAAUCGAACGACUGAAAAAGUGGCUGCUAUCAGCCGAUUCAUCCCAUCCCACAUCCCUAGGGUUCAACGAGCAACCCCAGCCGCGCAAAGCCGCCGUCGCCGCCCUAUCCGCCGCCCACACCGCGUGGAAAGCCAAACGCGACGUCCUGGCUCGCUUCCCGAACCUGGACCUCCCGUCUGGCGACGACGUCGAAGCUCCUCCCGAGCCUGAGGUGCUCCGGGAAAUCUGGGAGCCUACUAUAGAGUGGUAUUUAGACGAGGCGGGAACUACUAUGGAGGAGUGUAUUAAAGCCGCACAUGGGUUAGGUUCUCAUGGGGGAAGCAGCACACGUGGGGGGGGGAUACCUCAUUCGUCUUCUGGCCUGGGGGAAGGAAUAGUGCACACAGUGGGGGGUAUUGCAAGCACCGUUGGGGAAUUACGCGGAAGCUUCGCUCAUUCCAUCAGCAAGGGGGUUAGCAGCAGCAGGAAGGGGCUAGUCGGCGGAAUCACCCACACGGUAGGGGGUAUUGCGGAUAUCGGCGGGGGAAUUAGGGGGGGGAUUAAGGGCGCGGUGGGGGGGAUUGGGGGGGCGGUGGGGGGAAUAGGAUCACGCCUGGGGAAGAGCAGGAAGGGCAUGGGCAGCAUGGGUAAGGCAGGGAGACAUGGAGAGGAAGAGGCAGAAUGGGAGAUCUCGGCACCCGAAACCAGCAGCACCAUCAACAGCAGCAGCAGCAUCAGCAGUGGCGGUGGUGGUGGGGGUGGUGAUGGUAGUGGUGGCGGUGGCGGUGGUGGUGGUGGUGGGGGUGGGGGUAGUGACAGCGAGAGCAGCAGCAGCAGCACCCCCAGCAGCGGUGCUACCAACGAGGAUCUGCAACUAGUUAAGAACAACGCUGCGUCUUUCUCAGGGUCUUCCUUUGCUAAGACCCACUCGGGAAAAAUAGGAGGCUCUUUCGCUGCAAUAGGAGGGGGGCUUUCGAAGAUUGGUGGGGCGGCUAGCGGGCUAACUAAUGCCGUUUCAUCUGCUCGUGGGAAAGCCGUUUCAUCUGUUGGGAGUACGGUUUCAUCUGUGAGAGGAGCGGUGGGAGGAGCAGUGUCAACUGUUGGUGGGGCGGUGGGAGGGGCUGUUACAACUGUGGGCGGUAAGGUUGGUGGUGCAGUUACAACUGUUGGUGGCGCGGUGGGAGGAGCUGUUACAACUGUUGGUGGUAAGGUUGGUGGUGCGGUGACAACUGUUGGUGGGGCGGUGGGCGGCGCGGUUACAACUGUUGGAGGGGCGGUGGGCGGGGCAGUGGGCGGGGCGGUUACAACUGUUGGUGGGAAAGUGGGUGAGGCGGUUACACGUGUGGAAGGAGCUGUGAUGGGAGGUUCGGGAAGAGAACUAGGCUCGAGCAACUCAGGAGGUGGGUUUGGUGAGGAGGAGGAAGAGGAGGAGGAAGUGGAAGGGGAGGAGGAAAUGGAAGGGGAGGAGGGAGGCGAGGAGGAGAAGCGGGUGGUGGGAGAAGAAGCCCCAAGCGCAGCCCAAAAGGAGCAGCAGCAGCAGCAGCAGCAGCAGCAGCAGCAGCAGCGGCAACUGGGGAAGCAGGAGCAGCAGCAGGACCCUCACACCAGUUGGCAGCACCACCUUCUUUCUCCUCCCACCCACCUCUUUCCGAAUCUUCAGGGUCGGGCGCCGAGCCUUCCCCCCGAAUCUGCAUCCCACCCGAAGGAAGGGGAUAAGGGAGGGGAUAAGGAAGGGGAUAAGGAAGGGGAUAAGGGAGGAGAUAAGGAAGGGGAUAAGGGAGGGGAUAAGGGAGGGGUUAAGGGAGGGGAUAAGGAAGAUAAAGGAGACAACAGGGAGAAGCGAGGGAAUAAGGAAGGUACAGGGGAUACGGGAGGGUUUAAGAGCGGUGCAGAGUUUCGGAGCAUGCAGGGCGAGCAGCAGCAGCACUCUAGCUGGAAGCGGUCGCAGGACGGGUAUACAGAGCAGAAACAGACGGAGGAGGAGCAGCAGGAGCAGCUGCAGGAGCAGCUGCAGGAGCAGAAGGAGGAGCAGCAGCAGCAGCAGCAGCAGCAGCAGCAGCAGCAGCAGCAGCAGCAGCAGCAGCAGCAGAAACGGGCGGUAAGAGAGGCGGCCAGGCCACAAAGGGUAGGAGCGAAACACGGGCAAGAGACUGAGCAAGAGAGGGAAAGGGAAGGAGCAGCAGCAGCAGCAGCAGCAGCAGCAGCAGGAGCAGGAACAGCGGCAGUAGCAGGGGGGGCAGCGGGAGCAGAGGGAGAUAGGGCGAAGAGGCAGAGGGAACUCUUUUUGCAGAAGUUGAAGAAGAAGGAGGAAAGUGCGGGGAAGGUGCAGGAAGGGGAUGGGUUGGCGGGAGGAGGGGGUGCGGUAGCAGGUGGAAAGGGGGAGGGGGUGAAGGAGGAGGAGAAACGGGAGGAGAAGGAGAAGAAGGAGGAGGAAAAAGAGGAGAAAGAGAAGGAGGAGAAGGAAAACGAUAGGGAGAAGGAGGAGAAGGUAGUGAGGAUUCCAGGUUCAGUGGCAGCAGCAGGAGGAGAGGGAGAGGGAAAGGAGAAGGAAGCCGCAAGAGCAGGAGGGGAGGGAGCACAAGGGAGAGGAGGGGAAGGGGAGGGAAGAGUGGGAGGAGGAGCAGGAGGUGGAGGAGCAGGAGGAGAAGGAGCAGCAGCAGCAGCAGCAGCAGAGGCAGAGGAAGGAGCAAGAGAGGGUGGAGAGGAGAAAGAACCGCUAACAGAGGAGGAAAGGGAGAGGAUUGAGAGGGAGAGGAUCGAGAAGGAGUUGGAAAGGGAGAGGAUUGAGAGGGCUAAGAAGCAAAGGGAGCGAUUCAUGAAAGCCCUGGCGAAUAAGAAGCUGGGAGGAGGAGGGGGGAAUAAAGGUGGCAGGGCAGUAGUAGUGGCAGGGAAAGGGGCGGCAGCACAGGGGGGGUUCGCGGCACAGGGGGGGUUUGCCGCUGUAGCAGCCGCAGCAACCGCAGCAGCAGCGGAAGCAGCGGAAGCGGCGUCUGCUGCAGUGGCAGGGAUUGCAGCUUCAGUGGUGGGUGCUGGGGGGGAAGGGGCGGGAGAGGCAGGUGGAGCAGGAGAGGGGAUAGGCAGGCAGGGAGUGAAGCAGGCGGAGGGAGGGGUGGUGGGAGGGGAGAGGGGCGAGGGGCAACAGGAGGGACGGCAGGAAGGGGAGCAGGCGCAGCAGGGGCAGCUUGGAGGGAAGAUGAGUGAGGGAGGUGAGGGGGAAGACAAGAGAGGGGAGGAGGAGGGAGAGGUGGAGGAGGAGGGGCGGGAGCAGCGGUUUGCAUCGGCUGUCGAUAGUCCAAGCAAAGCCGCCCCUUCCCUUGCUUCAAACCUGCUCCUCAAGCGGUUACCACCGCGACAGCGUAACCGCAGCCUAGACCUCAGCUUCAGCUCCCUCCCUCAACCAAGCUCCAGCACAGACGGUACUGCUGCUGCUGCUGCUGGUGGUGACCUGCGCUCUUCACCUCCCACUGCUGCCGGUGCUGCUUUAACGCAAUCAAAUACCAUCGGCGGCGGCGGCGGUGGUGGUAUUGGCGACUUGUCGUUUGGAGCAGGGUCGGACUCUGCUGGCUCUUUCGUCACCAUCUCUCUCUCCGGAAGCUCCAAGCGCGACUCCUUCGCCCGCGAUUCAUUUUCUCGAGAUUCCUUUGCUCGAGAUUCGCUUUCUCGUGACUCCCUAGCCAGGGAUGCACCGGGUUCCUCCUCCCGAGAAUUCGGUGGUUUCUUUUCCGGUCUUGCCUUUGGGCCUGCCUCUGGGCCUGCCUUUGGGCCUGCCUCUGGGCCUGCCUCUGGGCCUGCCUCUGGGCCUGCCUCUGGGCCUGCCUCUGGGCCUGCCUCUGGGCCUGCCUCUGGGCCUGCCUCUGGGCCUGCCUCUGGGCCUGCCUCUGGGCCUGCCUCUGGGCCUGCCUCUGGGCCUGCCUCUGGGCCUGCCUCUGGGCCGUUUCGCUCUAGCAGGCCCCGUUCUCUCAGUCGAGAGGACUUUUCCCCGGAUCUAGCCGGUUCUCCAACCCUCUCCCCCCAACGAUAUGCCUCUCCUAUUCACGAGCGCUUGACAGCGGCCGGGAUUCUCAGCAACUCUCCCCGAGCCUCUGGGGCUGGUUUGGCUGGUGGCGCUGGUGCCCGACUCGGCAGGUUCGGUGAAGGCUCGGGCUCGCCGAACCUCACGCCCAGGUCUGGGAGGCCCCAGAGCCCGUUGACCGGCCGAAGCAGCGUGGUUGCUGCGGCGUUGGGCGCAGCAGCGGGGGUGAGGAGCGGGAAGACUUUUGAGUCGCCUCAGAAGUCGCUCGGAGCAGCAGCAGCAGCAGCAGCAGCAGCGGGGGUGAGAAGCGGAAAGGCGGGGUUUUCUGGGUUCGCGCCGUCCCCUUCCUUCUCCCCUUCGUAUUCCUCCCCUGCUCCUCCUCCUCAGGCCACUCGCUCCUCUGUGUCUUUCGGGUCCUCUGGCAUGAUUGCAGCGGCAGCAGCAGCAGCAAUGGCCGAGGCAGCAACUGGGGCGGGUGCGAAAUCAGGAACAGGAGGAGGGUCAGGAGCAGGAGGAGGAGCAGGAGCAGGAGCAGGAACAGCAGGAGGAGGAGGUGGAGGGAUAGGAGCAACGGCAGGAGGAGGAGCAGGGGUAGGGGGAUGGGGGAGAGGUGGACACGGGAAUACGAAGAAGAAAUUUCACGUGCCUUUGUUUCGAGAGGACAGUGUUGCAUGGCCUGAGGAGAAGCGGAUUGGGCUUGUGGCCAAGGCUCUUGCUGCUGCUGGUGCCUCUCCUGCUGCUGCUGGCGCCUCCCCUGCUCCCGCUGCCCUUGCUCCCCCUGCUGCAAUUGCUGAAGGCGAGGGUGUGGAGAAUAUAGAGGGUGGUGGUUCGGUGAAUAAUGAGAGAAGCGAGGAGCAUUCUAGCGAGGAGAUUAUGGAACAUAUUGAGGAGAGCAGUAAGGAGGAUACUAUGGAGGAUAUGAAGGAGGAUACUGAGGACAGUGCCACGGAGGAUUCUAGGAAGCCUACUAAGGAGGAUGAUACUAAAGAGGAUAUUGAGGAGGAUAGCAGUAACAACAUCAACACUACAGAGGACCUUGCUGCGGAGGAUACUAGCAACCAUACUAAGGAGGAUGUUGAGGAGGAUAUGAAGGAGGAUAUUCAGAACAGUAACAAGGAAUACUCUAAGGAGGAUGUUAAGACAUUCGCCAAAGAUGAUAUUAAGGAGGAUACGUCGGUUGCAACUGAGGAGGGUCGGGAGGGUGAGGGGCUGGGCAGGGAUGAGAAUCAGAAGGAGCAGGAGGAACAAAGAGAGACGGUGGAACAAAAGGGGAAGAAGGAGGAGAGGAGGGAGAAAGAGAAGGAGAAGACCGGGAAGGAGAGGAAAGCGAGGAAGAGUCGAAGUGGGGACAAGGGAAGUCCAGGGGCGACAGAGGUGCCGGAAACACCAAGGGGGGGUGAAUGCAACGAGGGUGAUACAGCUGGUGGCGUUGAUGCGGGCGGGGACAGCCUGUCUUUGCUGCGGGCCAAGACAGUGGGUGAUGAGGGGAAUGGAGGUGAUGGGGGUGAUGGGGGUGAGGAGGGCAAUGACAGUGUGUCUCUGUUGCGAGCGAGGACGAUGUCUUCGGUGGAAACACAGGGGGAGAGGGAGAAGAAGCACCGGGAGAAGAAGAAGGAGAAGGGGUCUUCAAAGCACCGCAAAUCGCCGUCAGUUUCGGAGGUUAGCGGCGGUGGCGGUGGGAGCUGGGAGGGCAGGGAGGGUAGGGAGGGCAGGGAGAGUAGGGAGGGCAGUGGAAGUGUUGCGAGUGUUGGCAGCCCUGCUGGCAGCAGCACGAGCAGCCAUGGGCAUAGUAGUGUGAGUGGUGAUAUGGAUGCUGCAGCUGCCGCUGCAGCGAAGGAGGCAAGGAGGGCUGCGAGGAAGCAGAAGAAGGCUGAACAGGCCGCUGCUGAGGCGGCAGCUGCUGAGGCUGCUGGUGGUGCUGCUGUUUCUGGUGGUGGAGGAGAAGCAGGGGCAUCAGCAGAUGGUGUGGAGGAUGGACAGGAGAAGAGAAGGAAGGAGAAGGAGAGGAGUGGUGAGGAGAAAGAGGGGAAGGGGAAGGAUGAAAAGGAGAAGGAGAGAAGGAAGAAAGAGAAGAAGGAGAAGGAAGGUAAGGAAAGGGACAGAAAGGAAAAGGAGGGAAAGGAGAAAGAUGGAAAGGAAAAGGAGGGAAAGGAGAAGAAAGGAAGGGAGAAGGAAGGAAAGGAAGGAAAGGAGGGAGUGGAGAGGAGCAAGUCAAAGAAAAUAUCACGUGCCGCGAGUUCGGAUGAAUCGAUGCCACCAGCAGGGGAAGGUGCAUCUGGGGAAGGCUCAUGUGGUGCAGGUGAUGAUGACUCUUUAUCUGACGUGUCGAGCGUGGGGGGAGGCAAGAGGAGCAAGGAGGAGCGGGAGGCAAGGCGGGAAGAGAGGAGGAGGAGGAAGGAGAAGAAGGGACAUAGGUCCAAGGAUAUGUCAAGUGAAUCGGUCGCUGAAGCUGGGGAAGGGGAUGGUGGUGGGAGUGUUUAA